AUGCUGACGCCGCUCCAGGUCGCGGUCGCGGUCGCGGUGGUGGUCAACAUGCUGCUGGCGUCCCCGGCGGCGGUGCUGGGCAUCGUCACCGACGAGGACUGCAAGUGCUUCAUGUGCAUCUGCGACCUGGACCCGCACCCGCUGCCGCCGGAGGUGCCGACCCACCACCCUCCACCGGAGCAGCCGGUGCCAGUCCCCUCGCCGCCCCCGCCCCCGCCCUCGCCCUCGCCACCGCCGCCGGCGCCGGUGGUGGUCCCCGCGUACUACCCUCCACCGACGACCGGGUACUACUACUACAACCCGCCGCAGCCGUACGGGUACCCGUGGCCGACCACCACGUACGGGUACGGGCCACCGGCGGGGGAGAUGUACCCGCGGGACUACGGGCAUGAGUCCAAGUCCGGUGCGGCCCGGCGGCACGGCGGCGGCUGCGGGCGCGCCAGUUUGGUCCUCGCCGUCACGCUCGCGUCCGCGGUGCUGGCUCUGCUCCUGCGCCCUGCAGCGGCAGCUUGA